AUGAUAUCGCAUCUGAAAUUGAAACUGGCACAGGCCGAGGAGGACGUCAGCUGUCCCGCGAUAUAUCGUUUGAGGGCGAAGCUGCGCGAUCUGAUGAAAGGACAGGCGGCCGAUCAGCAGGUCUCGAAAGUCGUGGAGAGGUCGAUAGAAACAUUGGUGGACCUCUCGAAAAGUUGCGAGGACUUGAGGGUCGAGAACGAGCGGCUUCGGGCCGAAGUGGAUGAAUUACGUCGCGCUUUGGCUGGCCUUGAAGAGAAGGAAGUUUCGAUGCUACGGACGGCGGAAACAACGACUGUCCCCGAGUACAUCGAUGUAUCGGAGUUGUUGCAGAAGAUCCAAGACUGCGAGGCAGUUGUUUCCGAUUUGAAGAAACAGCUGGAGGAGAGGGACAAGGUUAUCGAUUCGCUGAAUAAACAACUCGAAUCGACGAUUAGCCAGCAAGCGAUGUUGGACGAGAUCGCAGCCAUGAAAGCGGAACUUCGGAAGAAAGAAGACAAGAUCAGAGAGCUGCUGGACGCAUCGAGACAAUCGGAAAUAGAGUUGCUCGGUUUGGGAAACUUGAGGUCGGAGAUUGAUAGCUUGAAGCCACAAAUAUCUCAGCUCGAACUGGAAAGGGACAAACUAUGGGACGAGCUAACGAAACUGCGAAAAGCGUUGGCCGAAAGGAACGAUCAAAUAAUCGACAUACUGGAACAGAAGAAGAAACUCGAAAAGGCUUUGGACGACAAGAUGGCGGAAAUGUUGGCCCGGGAGGCGAUGUUGAACAAGGACAUCGACGAUCUGAAGGGGCAAAUAGCGAGCUUGCGGAACGAACUGGAAGAGUGCAGCAAACGAAACGCGGAGCUCGAAGAAUGCUGCGUGGACAAGGAUGCUCUUUCGGAGAAGCUGCGAGCCAUGGAAGAGGAAUUGGCGGCGGCCAAAGACGCUUUGCGGAAGGACCUCGAGGAUAGCCGAGGCGAGAUGGAGAGGCUGAAGAAGGAGAAUUCGGAUCUGAAGGGUCAGCUCGAUGCUGCAAAAGAGGAAAACAACAAACUCCGGGAGAAGGCGGAAGCAUUAAAGAACCUGGUCGAGGAGAACGAAAUGUUGAAGGCGGAGCUCGAGAAUUUGAAGAGAGAAAACAAGGAAUUGGCGAAUAAAGUCGAGGAGCUGACGGAUUUAAAUAACGUGUUGAAGAACGACUACGAGAACGUAAAAAGAGCGUUGGAUAAUCUGGAGGCGGAGGUGAACAGGCUCGAGAACGAAUUGAACAAGGCGAUACAGGAACGCGACGCUCUGCUGGACGAGAAUGCCGGCGUUAAGAAACAACUCGAGGACGCGAUGGCGGAGAACAACAAACUCCGGGACGAGAAGGAGGCGUUGAAGGCCCUGAUCGAGGAGAACGAAAAGCUGAAGGCGGAGCUCGAGGAUUUGAAGAGAGAGAACAAGGGACUGGCGGACAAAAUCGAGGAGCUGACGAAUCUAAAUAACGUCUUGAGGAACGACUACGACAACGUGAAAAGAGCGUUGGAUAAUCUGGAGGCGGAGGUCAACAGGCUCGAGGGCCAAUUGAGCGAGGUAACAAGGGAACGCGACGCCCUGCUGAAUGAGAAUGGCAGCAUCAAGAAACAGCUCGAGGACGCGAAGGCGGAGAACGAGGGGUUGAAAGCCGAGCUGAGUAACAUCGGCGAGCAACUCGAUAAAUUGAAAUCGGAGAGGGACGAGAUGAGGAAGAACUUGGACGCGAUGAAGCUCGAGAACGACUCGCUGAAAGGCGAUAUAGCGGCGUUAAUAAGCGACCUCGAGGACGCGAAGAAGGAAGCGGACAAGCUGCGAGCCGACGCGGACGAGUUGAGAGCGGCGGACGAGGAUGCGAGAUCCGAAAUCGAAGGGCUGAUGGGCCAGAUGGAGAACCUGAGAACUGAGAAGGAUCGUUUAACGAGCGAGAACGAGGACCUGAGGGCCAGGAAUUCCGAGUUGGAGCGGGAGCUCGACGAUGCUCUGAAGCAAGCGGAAAAAAUGAAAUCGGAAAACGCCGAUCUGCUUGCUGAGCUGAGACGUCUGAAGGAGGAACUGGAGAACGCUAAGAAAGAGAUCGGUCAAUUGAAAUCGGAGAUAAACACGUUGAAGGAGGCCGUUGACAAGUGCGUGGGCGAAAUGGAGAAGCUGAGGACAGAGAACGACGAUCUCAAGUCGAAGAACGACGCUCUCCAGGAGGAAAUCAAGAAACUUAAAGCCGAAGGGGAGAAGAAGGAUAAUUUGGUCGCGGAAUUAGACGGUCUGAAGAGCGAGCAGGCCGCGUUGCGGAACGAGAGAGAUCAAUUGAGCAAACAGUUGGACGAUUGUAUAGCGGAUAACGAGAAGUUGAAAGCGGUGAAGGACCAAUUGGAGGCGGAGAACGAGAAGCUGAGAGGCGAGGCGAACGCGUGCAGGGAGGAGAACGAGAAACUUAAAGCCGAGAUCGAACAAUUGCGAAGUAAACUGGAAUCGCUGAACGACGAGUUGAACAAGAUCAGGCCCCAACUUGGGGAGGCCGAGGACAAAAUUCGGUCCCUCGAGGACCAGCUGGUUCGUUUGCGAAACGAAAACGACAAAUUGCGAGAGAAUUCGAAGGCCUUGGAGGACGAAGCGAGCCAGCUGAGAGCAAAGCUGGCCGAGGAACAGACCGCCAACGAAAAGAUGAGGAACGACAUCGCGAUGUUGGAGAACAAGGUGCAAGAGCUGAGCGGAAAACUGGACGAGGCUAGGGCGAAAUGCGAAGCUCUGGAGGAAGAGAAUAAAAGGCUUCGGAACGAGAUGCUGGAAAUGGAACAGGAAUUAUCGAGCAUGAGGGCAGAGUGGGCGGACAUGAAAUCCGAGAUUGCCGAUUUGAAGAAGCUAAUUUCCGAUCUGCAAGCACAGAUUGCUAAGCUGGAGGAAGACGUGGAAUAUUGGAAAUUGGAGAACUGCAAGAUCAAGAUGGAUGUAGACAAAUUAAAGGCUGACCUCGAGAAAGCGUUGAAAGAUUUAAGCGAAUGCCAGGCCCUGAAGAAGGCGUGCGAGGAAGAAUUGAAUCGGCUCCGGAACGAGAAAGCCGAGCUCGAUAAAAUGAUCGCCGACCUAACGUCUCAAGUCGAGCAGCAGAAGAAAGCCCUCGAAUCGGAGAAGUCAACCAAAGAUAAAUCCGAAGCUGAACUCGGUGUAUUGAAGAACGAGCUCGACGCGUUGAAGAAAGAGUUGGAGAACCUGAGAGCAGAAAAUAACAAGUACAAGAACGAGAUAGAGAAUCUGACGAGACAACUGUCCCAGCUGAACGACGAUCUCAAGGCGUGCAGAGACGAAGUCGCUGCCCUGAGAGAUAACAACGAGAAACUGAAGGACGAAGUGAAGGCGCUGAACGCUGAGAGGAACAGUCUGAAGGAAGAACGCGAUAAGCUCAAGUCCGAAGUGGACGGUCUGAAAGCCGAGAACGCGGAGCUUCGCAAAGAUCGCGAGAGACUGGAAGAAGAGUCUGGGAAACUGAAAGGCGAAGGCGACGGACAGAAACAGGAGAUCGAUAAACUGACAUCGGAUUUAGCCGCGGAGAAGGCGGCUGCCGAGAAGCUCAGGUCGGACCUGAAGAACUGCCAAUCCGAGAACGAGAAACUCCAAGCGCAAUUGGACGAAGCGAAGCGAAAUCUAGAGAAACUGAACGAAGACUGUAAUCGAUUGAACGCCGAGAUCGAGGAUUUGAAGAAGAAGCUCGCGGCUGCCGAAGAUAAAGCGAAGACACUGGAAGGUCGAGUCUCGGAUCUGGAGGCUGAGAAGCGAGAGCUGCUCAACGAACUUCAGCGUCUCCGCGACGAACUGGACAGCCUCGGGAACGAAUUGGAGAAACAGAAAGCCGCGAGGGACGCGGCUGUCGAAGAGUUGUCCGAUUUGAAGCAGGAACUCGGUGCUUUGAGAACGGCGUUGGACGAGGUACGCGCCGAUAACGAAACAUUGAAGAACGAGAACGAGAAGCUGAGGGCGGAAUUGCUGAAAUUGAAUCAGCAACUGGAAGGGUUGAGGAACGAGAACGCGGAGCUGAAAACGGAAUUGGCUGCGGUAAAGGACAGAUUGACGGAGGCGGAGAGGCUGAUGAACGAUCUGAGAAACGAGAACGAUCAAUUGAAGAAGAAGCUCGCCGACCUUGAGAACGUAGCGAAAGAGCUCGAAGCGCUGAAGAAACAAUUAGAGGAAUGCAGGGAAGAGUCGAACAGACUGAGAGCGGAGUUGGAUAAGCUGAGGUCCGAAAAAGAGAGAUUGGGAAACGAACUGAACGAAGCGAAGGCUCGGUUGAACGACUUGAAGAACGACUUGGAGAAGCUGAAGGCAACCAACGACGCGUUAAAGGGUGAUUUGGAGAAGCUGAAGACGACCAACGAUAAAUUGAAGGAUGAUUACGAGAAGCUGAGGUCCGAAGCUGAUGGAUUAAGGGACGAGAGGGAUCGACAGAAAGGCAAUGGCACGAUGCUGAAGAACGAGCUGGACAAGUUGAAGACGGAGAACGAUCGGCUGAAAGCCGAAAAUGCCAGACUGAAAAGCGAGUUAGACAGUUGCCAGGAAGAGAACAAAAGGUUGCGUGGAGAAUUAGAAGAUUUGAGGAAGGAACACGAUGAUUUAAAGGCAUCUUUAGUGCGCAAGUUGGAGCCGAAGGAGACGGAAAUGGACAAGGAUAUUGUGGACGAUUGCGGUGAUUUCAUUAAGGCGAACGAUUUACUAAGGAAGAAAUUUGAAAGGCAGAACGAAGGUAUACAACGCGUUCGAGAUUAUAUCACUUACUUGGAAGGUAAAGUUAAAGAUGAACCCAAAAUGGCGGAAAAGAUGGAAGACGAAGUGAGCAUUGACCCGAGGAUGAGUCAGGAAAUAGCGGAGUUGCUGAAAAAGUCAGAGACGUUAUCCGAGAAUAUUUUUCGAACAGAACAAGAAAUACAAAAUAUUGCUAACAUAUUGAAACAACUUCAGGUUCGUUCCUUCGAUGCUGACUCUUGGCUAAGCUCAUUGACAUUGACUCAGCUGGCGGACCUUCACGACAAGAUUUGCUUGCUGACGUCGGACAUGGUGCAGCAGGACAGUCCAAGGGCCGUUAGCUGCGUCCCAGGGAGUCCUCUAAGAGCGGAUUACAAUAUUUUGAACCAACGCGUGGCCGCGUUGCAGAAACAGAUAGCGGAGAAGCAAAUAGAAGCAGGAUGGAAGCUGCAGGAAUUGAAACGAGCUCUCCGGCAAGAACAGACUAACCUGAUUCGAAUCUCCGACCGAAUGAAUUUAGAGAGAAAACGCAAUUUGGCUAUUCAGUUCAAAAUGGACGAUUCACCAUGAGUGGUAUAAUUAUCGCGACCUAAAAAAUAGGCCACGUUAGGACAUUUUUGACACGCAAACUGCAUAACGUAGGAAGUUGAACCGAAUAUUUAUGACAGUUUUGAAUCAAUGUUUCUCGUUACAGUCUUACCGAGUCACCGAUGUAAAUGUGUGUAAAUAAAAAUUAUGCUGGCCCACAAUUGGUUUGGCGCUUGUUUCCUCGGUACAAAUUGAUCAGUAAUUCAGUCGAAAGAUACAGUCGAAAGUUUCAGUUGAAAGUUAUAUUCAGGAUGCUACUAACUAAAAAAAUUUGAUAAUAAUUAUCCGUUGGGAGCUUUCUGAGA